AUUCACUGACGCUGUUGGUACGAACCCUUCCACCAUUCAGUCAGUCAGUCAGUCAGUCAGUAGCGAGCAAUCCGACCAACAACCGAUGGUUGGGACCGCAAGCGAUCGUCGCCAUACCAACCAAGAGCAACAACAACAAAGACAUCACGAUCGCCAUAUAGAGAAGGAAACAGAUUUCACAGAAGACUUGUGGCACACACCUGUUGGAUGCUGUUCGACUGAAGUUCAAGCUCUACAAACUCAAUCAACCCACCCCAGUACGGUACACGGUGGUACUCAGCAACGCACGACGCACUAAUAGUGUUCGCUGUACCCUCCCCCCACGUGCUCCGAUGUAUGUUUGCUGUUCCAUUCAUGAUGGUAAUGGUUGCCCAUAACAGCUGCCGCGAGUAGCAAGUCGCGGCAUCGUCGCGGGGUUGCACAAUGUCGAACGGCUUCACCGUCGUCGCAGUUUGGCGUGGGAAGUCUUCAAACCGUCGUCGCCGUCACCGUCAUCAUUCUCACUGCUGCCGUUGUUGUUGAACUGUUGUCCCCCUUGACUGCGCUCUGUUUGUCUCGGAUCAACAGCAACCGGGUCACCGUGUGAAGUGGAAUCGGUGCGUGUGCGUGGAACUAUUAGAUUAGGCAGAGUUUUUCUCAGAAUGACUACCACCGAGAUUAAGAUUCCUCAGAUCAACCCACCGGCGACGCUGGCGGCCGGUGCUGAGGGCAAGGAACUCAACGGUAUAGUGUUCGAAUCCUUUAGCCAUACCGGAACGAUACUGAAAGGCCUGAACGAGCUGCGCCUGAAGGGAGUGCUGGUGGACGUGACACUGCGAACCGAUGGGAAGGUUUUUCGGGCCCAUCGUGCCGUCCUGUCCGCGUGCAGCGAAUACUUCAGAGCCAUGUUCUCGGACCAUACUCGCGAAUCUCGCCUCAGUGAAAUUAACCUGCGCCACAUUUCCCCACUGGGAAUCGAACUGCUAUUGGACUACAUCUACACAUCCAAACUGGCCCUGAAUCUGGCCAACAUCCAGGAGGUUCUAUCGGCGGCCAGCUACAUCCAGCUGGAAUCCGUUGUGGAAGCUUGCCUAAACUACCUGGACCAGCAGCUGGAUCUGGACAACUACAUCGACGUGUUGAUCAUCUCGGAAAUGUACUCGCUGAAACGGCUGAAUCACAAGGUGUACCGCUUCAUCUGCCACCACUUGAAUGUGAUAUCCAAAUCGCCGGAAUUCUUUCGGCUUAGCGAGAGGCAAAUAGAACUGAUCUUGGCCGGAGACUAUCCGGUGACCUGUACGGAGAUUGAAGUGCUGGGGAUACUACUGCGGUGGAUUCAAGCAAACUGUGAUGAACCGACAUCAUCGUCGAUGACGAAUGUGACUGCAGCCAACUAUCGACAGUUGAUACGGAACAACAUCCGGUUCAUGGACAUUUCGCUGCAGGAGCUGUACAACCUGCUCUGUUCGGAGGAGUUCCAGUUUCGGUGGAUCGAUAGAUACGAACUGUAUGACUUCAUCAUGAAGAUUGGCGAACAGCAGUGCAUCAAGUACAAGAUAUCCCCGCUGAACAAGAUUCAAAACUACCGUGGAUUGGAGCUGGCGGUCAUCAAAAUCGGUGGCUUCGACCUGUCGGGAAUUACUAAUGAGAUUACCUAUUGCUUUCCGGGCGAUGGCGGCCAGUCUCAGCCGUCGUCAUCCUCAUCGUCCUCCUCGUUGUCGUCAUCGUCCUCUUCGUCGACGGUGGGCAGGCUAAAGCUAAACAGAAACCAUUCCGGCUCGGAGAGUGGCAGUGCAACUACUAGGGGAGAUGCUGUGACGAUUCGAUUCGUGGAUCGACCGAAACGGAAGGACGUGAGACUGAACGGAAAGUGGCGCUACCUGACGACGAUUCCGCACAUUAAACAGAGCAAUUUCGGAGUGGUGGUGCUGAACAACCAUUUGUAUGUGAUCGGAGGUUGUUAUGAUAUUUCGCUGGAGGAGUACAUCCACCCGUUCGGAUUCCGGUUCUGUCCGAUCAAAAACAAAUGGGAAACGAUCGCUCCACUGCAGCAAGAUCGAUGUAGGUUUUCGUUGAACGUAGUGGGUCAUAGUUUGAUCGCCGUCGGAGGGAACAGCGAAAUGGAUGAUGAUGGAGAUAGAUCGGUGUCGACUUGCGAACAGUACGACCCCGUGGCGGAUAAGUGGACUUAUAUUGAAUCCUUGCCGGAGUAUCGGACGCAACAUGCUGGCGCUGCCUUCGGGGCUACGUUGUACAUUUCAGGCGGCUUGGAUCUGUACGGAGGAGCGUUGAACAGCUUGUGGAGCUACUAUAGUUUCAACGAGAAGUGGGAGAAGCUUCCGAAUAUGUUGCACCCCCGAGCGGACCAUGUCAUGUUCACGAUCAAUCGGAAGCUGUACGUCUGUGGAGGAUGGUAUGAAGUUAACGGGCAACGUGUAUUGGCCGAAAGUAUCGAUUGUUACGAUUUGUUCAGCAAGAGCCCUGCAUGGCAUCAAGUGACGCGGAUUCCGACUCCGAAGUACCAUGCCGGAAUCGUGGCUGUCCAGGAGAAGAUCUACAUCAUCGGAGGGUUCUGUUCGGAUGAUAUCUUCCGCCAUACGGCGGCUAGCGUAGAGUGCUACGACGUAACCGAAGAUCGGUGGUACAACUUGAAGAAGUAUCCGAAGAACAUCUGGGAGCACACUUGUGCCAAUUUGUACAUCCCCAAGUACCGGGAUGAUAUGGAGGUGAUCGACGAUAACGGUGAGGAGGAAGGCGAUGACGAUGAAGAUGAUGAAGACAGUGAUAAUGCUAGCAGUACUGCCAUCUGAACUAGAUACUCUCUACAACAGUUUUAGUAUUAGGGAAACAUUUAUUUAUUAAUAAAGCACAUAUUU